CAGUCCAGGGAAGGAGAGAGACCUGAGCAGCAGCGCCGUGCUUGAGUGGUACAGUACACCUAGCUAGCUUGCUGCAGCCUUCAUUUGGUUGAGCACAUUUUACCUGCUGCUUGCUGUGCUGUGAAUAUUAAUUGUGUUGCAUGAUCUGGUGCUCUCAAUUGCACUGUCUUCACCAUGUAGAAAGGAUUCUUCACUAGAAGCCACAGCAGUUCCAAGACACGAUCAAUAGGACCGAAGCCUGCCAUGUGACUAAGUACUCUCCAUCCUCUCUCUGAAUGCAGGUCUUUCCCAGUGAGCGGUGGUGACAGAGGAGCAUGAUGACGGGCCUCCCAGCCCAGACUGACACACAGGAGGAGCUGGCGCGAGGACCACAGCAACCCCAGAGUUCCCAGCAGGAUGGGCGGGGCCAGUGGUGGGACCAGCUCAGAAGGACCUUGUUGACAGUGGGCUACAGCGUCAGCUUCUGUCUGGUUUCACAAAUACUGGGUGUGUGGAUGUUAUACAUGUGCAAUGGCCACGGAGCAUUCUCUGCAGCACACAAAGUCUUGGAUCUUCUGCAGUACCUGGUCUCACCAGCAGAGGCACAUUCUUUAGGGCAGGAGGAGUACUCCCCACACUUACAGAAGGAACUGUGGAAAAUGGAGAGCUUGAGCCCUCUGCUGGCCACAGUUUUUCUAGGAGUAGUGAUCAUCGGCAUUGGGAUUCUAUACUGCUUAAAAACGCUGGCUCCCAGCCCUGCUCAUCCCUAUCCUGAAGACAGGCGUCAGUCUAUGAGCCGUCAGCCCUCCUUCACCUACUCGGAGUGGACUGACGCCAAGCAGGAUCACUUCUUCGACAUGGACCCAGUGCCAGAGACGCCUGUGUUUGACUACUGCAUGGACAUGAAGCCUGAGACCGACCCAGCCACACUCACUGUCCAACCAGUGGGGCUCCAAGAACGGAGGGGUUCAAACGUGUCCCUCACUCUGGAUAUGUGCACCCCCGGCUCCACCGAGCCCUACGGCUCUGUGCUGUCUCCCCGAGAGCAGUGUGCCCGGGAAUACCUCCAGAAAGCCUCCAAUGUGCUGAGCACCAGGGAGCUGCACGAGAGAGCCAUGGACUCCUUCACACUGCAGGCCGAGUUUUUUGAAACCCCAAUGAACUUUGUUGAUCCAAAGGAAUACAACUUCCCAGGUAUAGUGAGGAAGAACCGAUACAAAACCAUUCUCCCAAAUACUCAUAGCAGAGUGUGCCUUAAAUCUAUGGAUGAAGACGAUUUCCUCAGUACAUAUAUCAAUGCUAAUUAUAUAAGGGGCUAUGGAGAAGAGGAGAAGGUGUAUAUCGCUACUCAGGGACCCACGGUAAACACUGUCAGCGACUUCUGGAGAAUGGUGUGGCAGGAGCGAUCGCCCAUCAUCGUCAUAAUAACAAACAUCGACGAAAUAAACGAGAAAUGCACGGUGUACUGGCCUGAAGAGAAGGUGACCUAUGAAGGGAUAGAGAUCAUUGUAAACCAGGUCAUACAAGCAAAUGACUACAGUCUAAGACAUAUUACUCUUAAGUGUGAGGGAGAGGAGAGGAGCCUACGACACUACUGGUACACGUCCUGGCCAGACCAGAAGACCCCAGACAAGGCCCCUCCUUUGCUGGAGUUAGUGCAGGAUGUGGAGGAGGCACGGCAACAGGCUCCAGAGGGUAGCGGCCCAGUCAUUGUCCACUGCAGUGCAGGGAUUGGACGAACAGGCUGCUUCAUUGCCACCACUAUUGGCUGUAAACAGUUAAAGAACGAGGGGUUUGUGGACAUUCUUAGGACCACCUGCCAGCUGCGUUUGAACAGAGGAGGGAUGAUCCAGACUUCUGAACAAUACCAGUUUGUCCAUCACGUCCUGAGCCUCUAUGAGAAGCAGCUCUCUCUCCCGGUAGAAGAAUAAAUAACAGCUUACAGCUCCACAAAUAAGACUCAGAUAUAGCCAUCACCUGCCUGCCAACCUUUGGUAACCACGGUAACCCAGAGAAGGGGUGGGCCCGGAAUCAAGUCCACUCUCGCACUAACGUCUGCUUCACAGUGCGUUCAUUUAUACAUGUUCAUGGUAUAUGAAGCCAUUAUUGCCCCUUUUGUAUUGGAAGCCCUGCCCAUAAGGUACGAAGGACUGUAUGGUUAUCAGAAUUUCAACUAGAGAUGGACAAGUCUUGGAUUCGAGCGACAACAUAUGAUCUCUGAUAAUCACCUAAUGAACAGUAGUUCCAUUUUCUACAACAUGAUUUGUUCAAGUACAGAAACUAAGGAAUUUGUUCUCAUUAGUUACAUGCGGUAGCUUUUCCCGUUUCUUUUAUGGGAACUUUAUCCAAGCUCAGUCCUAUUCAAACAACUGAUGAAAUGACUUGGCUCAUUUCUAGUCACAUCUGUAUGUGUUUUAAUAUUUACUGGGAUAGGACUCAUAGCUUCUAUGCUGAAGAUGAACAACCAUUUUCCACAUGUCUCCAGUUACCUUACAAUGAGAUUGAAUAUAUUUUGCAAUGUUCAGAAUACUAAGUGGGUUUGGAAAUGUCUUCUGUCUACAAUGGUGUUUAUAUCCUUCACAAAGAUGCCACUAGAAGAGGCACCAUCACAGUGUCUAGCAUGGCCUCCUAGAAAAAAUGCUUGGUUGAACAUCCACAAGCUGGAAAGCACAGGCUCCUAAAAGCCCCUCUGAUCAUCAGGGGAUCCUGUAGCUCCUCUAGAAAUCAGUGUAAAGGAGUUCAACCCUUUAUGAAAGGAAUGCCUGAAGACCUUUAAUGGAACUACACCUCUUUGAAGAGCAACAACAAGAGGGUUUGUGAACUGUAUCAGAUUUAAGAAAGGCCCUCUCACUGUAAACUUCAAUAUGGCUGGAGUCCCAGGGCCUGUGGUAGUUCAUCACAUGUCUGACGUGGUUUGUAGAAUGUAUUUAACGUCUGGCUUACAACUCAAUGAGUUGUAACUCUGAAUUCGCUAAGCCUAUAGAUGACGGAUCUCAAGGAAUAGGUUAAUCUAGCACAUGUAUUUUUACACAAUGGCCUUACUCUGUGUCUGUCUGUCUGUUUAUUCCUCUACCAUUAGGCAGCAUAGAGGUUGAGCAGGUAUUCUUUUCUCUGGGCAGGUACAUUCCCUUUUGUUCUUAAACAGAAGUUAUGGGGCAUUAAAUCAGAUGAAUUGCUCUGCUAUAGAGGAGAUAUAUGGAGACGUAUGGGUCUAUUGAAUUUACCGAAACAGUGUAGACACUGAUUCUUACCCCAUGGAGCGCUAUAGCUACUUGUGCAAGCUGCAGUUUCGUAUAGUGGUCAGUUGCUGGUUCACCCUGUUACGCUGCACUAUUUAUAUCCACUGCUGAUUAAAAUAAAUUGAUUCACUCUGUGUUCUUCAACAGGACUGAGUAUAUUACAGCUAUAGCAGCUAAUUUCCAGGUUUCUGUUUUUUUCAAAAUCAGAUCUGGAUCAUGUUGUCAUGAACCAGAUUUUCAACAAGCACACAGGCCUCAAUAGAUUAAAAGUCUUAAUAGCAGCUGAAUAUCUAUCCAGGCUCAAACCAGCAAUAUCACUACAUUAUUUGUGUAUUUCUGCUAUUUGGGCAAUGGAAGCUAUUUGUUUGAUUUUAUUUGUUGACGUCAGAGCAGGAUAAACAGUGGGAAUGUAUCAUAGUUCACGAUUCAUGAUUUUGUGAAACAUAGAGAAAGAUUUGGCUGGUUCUUCGGGGAAACAUGUUCAUUAUAAUAUAAUUUGUGUCAAAUAUAUUAUUCUUGCACUCUGUUAAGAAAAAAGUUUUGUAAACAGGUUAGAUUACUUUUAUGUUUUACAAGUAAUGUAUGUAAUAUGUACAAAAAACUAACUGUGCUCACUGACAGUUGGAAAAAUUCAUUGGCAAAAAUGAAUGGGCGGGAUAAUUAUACAUCCUUGCCAAAUAAGAUCCAGGUCUGUUCCAUCUCACAAAUUGACACUUACCAGUUUUAAAGGUGGCUUGUCUGACUUCAGAUAACUAGUUUUUAGAAAUUUGUACUCGAUAUUUAUAGAAUAGAAUACUAGCUAUAUCAACAUGCAUAUCCAGGAUGAGAUCUAGGUGGUGUACUGGGGUUAUACACUUGAAUUGCAUGCCUUCACCUCUGUAGCUGUGGGUUCUUAUCACAGUGACAUGAGUUUGCUAGUCUGAACUUUGACCCCAGUGGACACCACCACACAACUGACUGUCUCUACAUGAGAGAUCCCUGGACAGAAUGGCCGGGGUGUCAAGGUCAGGUCAAGGUCUUCAUUGCUAAAAUAAUGUGCUGCACAUACGGUAUGAUGCUAAAUUGAACUUCUCAAGUAAUAACAAAAUAAACAUAUAAAGGUAUCUAAUGUGUUUAGUUGAUGGUGUCUCCAUGUUUAGUUUAAAUGUUUGGGGAAAUAGUUUUAAAUGGAAAGUCUUCAUUUUUAUCUAAAUUAUUUGCGGAAUGCUGAAAAUCCACUAAUUAUUUAUUUAACAUGAAUUGAAUGUAUUGUAUUUAAUUACAUUAUUUAGUGUAGAAAGCAAGACUAGAUUUGAAUCCUGCUUUUUAAAUAUUUAAAUAUUUCAUACACAGUACUUUUAUUUAUUAAAUAUUUAUACAUUUUCUCUUUAGAUGGCUAAAGAUUUGAACUUUGGGGAAAAUGAAUUAGAUAUGUUCAACUAAAUAUAAAAAACAAUUAUAUUUCACUCACAGCUGCUUAGCACCAAUGGUUUUUAAAGAAAAAUUGCCAUUUUUACUCCAUGGGCUUUGUAACUCUUCUGUUUUACAUCUCUUUUACUUGUGUACUGAUAUUUAUUUCAUUUGUCAGAAUUAAUUUUCGGGUACAAAAGUAGACCUUAUACAGUAUAGCAGGAGUGGAAAUAACAAUUUGCAGUUGUCAGUGGAGAGUAGGAAAUCCUUGAUGGUACCAAGGAAUUGAAAUAUUCAUUUUUUUGUUAAUAAUAAAGUCAUUUAAUAUGUAAUAGAACACAAGCUAUGGGCAGAGGAAUCAUAGAAGAUUUGAAUGUCGUCUAUGUCUACAUAUGUUCUUAAGUUUCAAGAAUCACCAUGGUAACUUAAUAGAGAAAGCUGAUAGCAAUUUCCAUAUAUGGAUGAUGGUGGGCUCUCUUAAGCCAUCUGUAAAAUGCUUUGCUGUAGGACACUGAAAAAAGGGUUUGAUUUCUCACUGAAAUUGUACAAAUCCUUGGCAUUGUUUUUAAGCAAUGAACAUUGUGGUGCCUUCAGUGUUUUGUGAUGGACUGCCGUUACGGGUUCUGACCCAUGUCUGUGAGAUGAGAUGAGGUUAUAAAGCUAGGCUAUAUAACCAUGAAUGCAGACAAGUCUGGGAUGCUUGCUUGCAAUGUGCAGGGUCACAAUUUAGCACCCAGUUACACUGGUGCUGUGAUCUCAUAGAUUAGCUGCCGUCGAUCGCCAUGGUUACAGGGAGGAAGAGUGUAACGGGCAGUGUUGUGUGAUACAAUGCUGUCGCAGAUUCUGACCCCUGUUGGUGAGAUGAGAUGAGGUUAAAAGCUCUAACUCCAUGAAUACAGAAGGGCUUUUGCAUAGUGGUUAAGAUGCUCACUUGCGGUGUGUGGGGUCGCUGGUUAGCGCCCACCCUCCGCCCAUUUACACUCGCAAGCAUACAGUUUUACCUUAAUAAGAGUCUGUACAUGAUUAAUGCUUUCUCUAUGGUCUGUAAUAAAAACAGCCUGAAGAAAAGUAUAUUGAAACUGGUACCUGUGCUCGCUGAUUUCUAAUGUGUGUUUUUAUACAUUUAAAAGGGUUAUAGUUACAGUUUAAAGGACUCUCUUAGAAGAUUGUUGGAAAAUAAUACUCAGAUGUGCCACUGCAGUUACCCUGGCACAUUAGGAGAAACAGUAAAAUGGCUCUUGUCAAAAGCACUGUAAGGAUCAUAUUGGUAAUGGCUGAUAACAGCAGGUGAUCAGGCGACUGUUAAUGUAGGUUUUACUGUAGAAAUGUAAAACAUUUUAAUUGGAUUGAUUUACAGAAACACUAAAGGUUUUUUGUCUUUUUCUAAUUAUUUAUUUAGCUCUUCAUUUAUUUAGGUUGUGAAGUUCAGGUGGUGAUUUCAAGGGAUUUGGUUCACUUGUGCACUGUCCACUGUUAUUGAAAUGUCAGCCGUUUACAGUUAGAUACCAGCGUGGAGCUGGUUUUCUGGGUUUCUUAUACCCCUUUCACAUAGACCAGUUAAUGUCGUCUCUGAACCACCUCUCAAGGUGGUUCAGAUACGGCACUGAACCGUCUCAACUCCUGUGUGAAAUGCUAUGCCGGCACUGAAGUGCUAUAGUGGGCGUGGAUUGAAAGUCAACAUCCCAUGUGACUGUAUACCGGUCGUUUUCAUUUUCUUCAAAUACAAUGGCUGCUCAAGAACAAGGUAGUAAUUGGAGUCCAGAAUAAGUUAAGGAAUUGUUUACUUUAUGGGCUGACGAGGAGGUGAAUUCACAAAUACAAGGGAUGGUGCGUGAUGCUGUAAUUUAUGGGUGAAUCGCCGUUGCUGUGAAAACGAUCUGUUGACUGACAGGUUUGAAAGUUGUAUUCACAUGAUCCCUUUGGCUGUAUGAAAGGGUUAUAAUGGCAUUAUACCGGCAUAGAUUGUGCAAUUUUGUGCUGUGUGAAUGGGUAUUUUAAUUUUUUUUUUUAAUGAGAUCAUUAGCGGCAUUUGUGUGUGAAAGUGGUAUUAGAGGAGAAAAUCAAAUAGCAGGACAAGUGAAGUGGGUUCUAUGAGGUGCUCUUUGGUAGUUUUUCCCAAAGAGUAAGAACUUACUUUUCACACCUCUUCUGUAUAAACUUUUCCAGGCUGACAGAACUCGAUCUCUCCAACUGGCGCUGAUGGUGGAAUAUACCUAACGAGUGUCCAAUACGAAGGACACAAGAGACUUUAAAUCUCGCACUACAUAAAGAAAAUGCAGACUGAACAUGAAGGCUGUUUAUAUAUUAUGCUGUCGGAGAAAAUAGGUGAAUUCACUUACAGAUAUCAAUUAAACACAAACAUGAUAUAUACAAGCGAUUUUUGCAGAGUGAAUUGCAGAUUGCAGAUGGAUAUUUUUUGAGAAUAUUAAGAAGUAACUGCAGUGCUCUCCCUUGGCAUUGAGACACCCCUACAAGAUGAUUGCCUACAUUAUGUAGGGUAGAGAGGACAUUAAUACACAGCCUCAGCCUUGCCAGAGGUCGUUAAGAUAAGGCUUCAUAUUAUAGAACCUUGUGACCAGUUAUGAAGCAGCAACUAUUUCUAGACAUUUUUUUUCAGAGGCAUGGUGUACACUGUAGAUUCAAAGACUUUAAUACCCGUUUCGGUUUGUGAUACCAGGUCCAAACCUGACCGAUUUUCUAAACCAGCGAGAUCCAGCUUGACAGUUUUACUCGACCAGAAACCAAACAAAAUAAGGAGAUUAUUUUUGUACCUUGGCGACAGUUGAAAACAAACCUGUUUAUUGAAAAUGUAACCAUUUCUGUUGGAAUGUUUAUUUUUCUCUUACCCAUUUUUAUUACUGUGUUUUGAAAUGUUCUGUUUCUAGUAUUAUAUUGUGAAGUCCCAGCCAUAUUAAAUUAACCGGCCUAUAUGUGUUCCAUUAGCAUUUCCAAUAAUAAACUGGAUUGCGUUACAUUGCAUUGGUGUGGGGUGACUUACUACAUUACAGGCAUAACACAGGAAGUUCUGAGCGUUGAAUAGUGUGAGAUAUAUGGGAUUGUAAUAAGACCAUUAUUUACAGAACUAAAUUUACAAAAGUUUAUUUUAUCAUUCAUCAGAAGUUAGACAUCUGGAAAAUAACAUCUUCACACAUAGCUUGUAUGUUUAUAUUACAAUUUUCCUGGCUUCCUGUUUGUAAAACACCCUUUUUUUUUACAAGAGGUUUGAUUUAAAGCACAAAUGGGGAUAAGUGACAGGAUUAGAUUUUUCAGUGGAGGAAUUAAAUCUGGAUGAAGGACAUGUAUACAGGUGCAUUCACUGAUCACAUUUUUACUUAUAUCAAUGAUAUACAUUUAAUUCUCAUUAAAACGCACUCGGAUUAAACAAACUUCCUGAUAAUACAAUUGUCCCAGAGCAAAUUCAGCAGUCACAUAUUGUAAAUUACUUCUUAUAAUACAAAUUCACUUAACACAAAUUUCAAGUUUGUGUGAAUCAUUCUGGAGCCCUAGUUUUUAACAGCUGAGUGUAAAGGAUAUUGGGAAAUGUAUUUACUUGCAUCUAGAUUAGCACCUCUGUUCUGUAUUUUAGUGCUGUUUUGGGACUACCGAUCCUACAAUGCAUUUUGAGUUGCCAUAGCGCUCACACAUCAAUUUCAUUUCCAUGAAGCAGCGCAAAAAACGUGCAUUAUCCUUGCAGCCAAAGGUAGAGGUGUGAAAAAGUAGGAUACCAUAAUACAAGCCUAUGAACAGCAAACUGUGGAUGCAAGUCAUCAGUGUUUCCAAUUUGCUCAAUACCCUGAUCUUAAAGAGUAAGCAGCAGGGUUCCGAAAAAUAUUGCAUUACAUGUCCCCAUGUGUUGUUACAACUGUUUAAAUAACGCAUGUGUAAUUUUUCUUUUUAUUGUUAACAUCCUGACAACUUUUUACACUUAUAACUUUAAAGUCUUUUUCAAUAUGGACAGUGUUGAAGGUGAUUUGGGCCAGUGUAGAUUUUCUGUUGCUUUGCACCAUUUGUUGUCCAUGCUCAAUCCGCCAUGAACCAAUUGCAGGCUGUGGUGGUUUUCUGCAAAUAUCCCCAUUACAAGAACCCCCAGGAGGCUUAAUGGACAUGUUAAUCAAUGCAGCCAUGGGCACCCAGUAUCUUGCCCCUUAUAAAGUCAAUGAGAUCUUUAUGAUUUGAUUGUUGCUGAAUAGUUGGACUCACUUCUCACACAUGCAAUCCAAUGUAGAGAAAGUAGAGCUGCAUGUUAAUUAUGCUGCUGCAGGAGCUUUGCUCUGCCUCAUGUGACAAUAUGAUUUUUUCCUAAAUGGUUCACAUCUAGAGAAAGUAAACCUUACCUAUAGAUCAAACAGUUUAAAGUCAUGUGUGCCAUCCGUGAAUCCACGUUAUAAUCAUCUUUUUCUACAAGUCCCAGUAGAAGUUUGGACAGGUUUUUAACACAGAAAUGUACGUUUGUAAUUACUGCAUGUGGAAACAUAAGUGUUAAUUUAAUAUGGCUUUGUUAAUAAAUGUGUUUAAUUUAUCCCACAGAAAGAAAAGAACAAAAUGUAUCAUGCUUUUUCAAAUUAAUUCUAUAAAAGCAUUUACAAUAAUAAGCAUUUUUAUGAUUAAAUGCAAACCGUUAAUGUAAGGACGCUUUUAAUGUAAUUUUAUAUGGAUGUAAAAGGAUGUGUUUUGCAUCUUAAUAAAAGCAGACUGGAAGCAUUA